UGCCAGGGCGAGCGGGUGCCGGGAGCCAUGGAGCGGGGCGGCGGGCGGCACGUAGUGGUUGUGGGCGCGGGGCUGGCGGGGCUGAGCGCCGCGCAGCGACUCCGCGGUCACGCAUCCCUGCGCGUGCUGGAGGCGGCAGCGCGCGCCGGCGGCCGCGUCUGCACCCGCCCCUUCGCGUCGGGGCUGGUAGAGAUGGGGGCACACUGGAUCCAUGGCCCCUCACCAGGGAACCCUGUCUUCUGCCUGGCCACCAGCUAUGGCCUACUGGGCCCAGAGGCUGCCGAGGAGGAGAACCAGCAGGCAGAGACAGGGGGCCACCCCCCGCUACCCUCCAUCACCUACGGCAGCUCAGGGAAGGUGCUGAGCUCCAAGGCAGUGAGCGAAGCCCACAGUCUCUUCAACACCCUCCUGACCUCCACGCGCACUUUUCGGGGGGCCAAGGAGCUGCCAGCACCAAGCGUGGGACAGUACCUGCGGGCAGAGAUCUGCCGGAGGGUCCCCAUGCUAGGUGGGGGUGAGGAGGACGCCCAACGGCUCCAGCUGGCCAUCCUUGCCACCUGCCUCAAGCUGGAGUGUUGCAUCAGUGGGACCCACAGCAUGGACCUGGUGGCCCUGGAGCCCUUUGGGGAGUAUGUCUCCCUGCCUGGCCUGGACUGCACCUUCCCAAGCGGUUACAGCAGCUUGCCCCAGUGCAUGCUCUCAGGUCUGCCAGAGGGCACCAUCCUGCUAAACAAGGCAGUGAGGACCAUCCAUUGGCAAGGAUCCUUCCGUGAGGAAGGGGACAAGGCCAGAGAUUUCCCUGUCCGGGUGGAGUGUGAGGAUGGAGAUGCCUUCCUCGCCGACCAUGUCAUCAUCACCGUCCCACUGGGUUUCCUCAAGGAACACCACCAGGACUUCUUCCAGCCUCCUCUGCCUGAGUGGAAAGCAGAGGCCAUCCGCCACCUGGGUUUCGGCACCAACAAUAAGAUCUUCUUGGAGUUCGAGCAGGCUUUCUGGGAACCCAAUCAGCAGUUCCUUGAAGUAGUAUGGGAGGACGAGUCACCUCUCAAGGAGCCCAGCACUGACCUACAGACCAGCUGGUUCAAGAAGCUCAUUGGAUUCGUAGUUCUACAACCACCAGAGCAGCAUGGACAUGUCCUCUGUGGCUUCAUCGCAGGGAAGGAAUCAGAGUACAUGGAGACGCUGAGUGAUGCAGAAGUUCUUGGCACCAUGACACGUGUCCUCCGCACGCUGACAGGUACUGCUGUCUUCUUUGCCCUCUGGGGGAAACACGCCCAGAUUUCUGGAUCCUACCCAAAAUCCGUGUCUGCAGGGAACCCAGAGCUGCCUGCUCCCAGGAGCGUGCUCAGGUCCCGGUGGCACAGUGCACCAUACACCCAAGGCUCCUACAGCUACGUGGCCGUCGGCAGCUCAGGGGACGACAUUGACGUGCUGGCUCAGCCCCUGUCCGAGGACCUCGAAGAUCCCAGGGUAAAUGUUUUUGGCCCAGGGGAUGUUGCAGACAUGGGGACAAACAGACAAACAGGAAAGGGAACAUGACAGUCUAGGCCUUGAGCAGCCCAGGGAGGUGGCAGUCUCCCCUCCCACUCCAUUCCAGGGGUCACCAAUGUCAGGUCACCAACCAGCCCCCCUUGGCUCUUCUCACUGAGCUCCAUGGGGGUAGGGAGAACUCAACUUCCGUAAAAUCUGGGGUCAUGUAGCUCCUUUCAACCACUUUCCAGCACCACCCUCACACAUGGGGAAGCUCUUGAAAGACAGGAAAGGGCCUGCUCCUCAGUCUCUAGGUGGCUGCAGAGUGGGUCCCGCAUGCAGAGUCCUAAAGGGCAGGGAGAUGAAGCCAGUGUCCCCUCUGGGCUGGGUGAGGCAGCAGGCCCCAGCACUUACCCCCUGCCUCACUGCAGCCUCUGCAGCUCCUCUUCGCUGGCGAGGCCACCCACCGCACCUUCUACUCCACCACCCACGGGGCCCUGCUGUCAGGCUGGCGAGAGGCUGAGCGGCUCAACCAGCUCUUCGCGGCACCUGGCCCCGCUCCUCAACUCUAAAGCUGGAAAAUAAAACCCGUGCUUGGCGGCUC